CAUUGGGUGAUAUAAGAAAUCAUGAUUUUCAACAUUGGGUGAUAAAAUAAAUCGUGAAUUUCAACAUUGGGUUAUAUGAUAAAUCGUGAAUUUUAACAUAGGAUUAUAUAAUAAAUCUUGAAUUUUAACAUUGGGUGAUAUAAUAAAUCGUGAAUUUUAACAUUGGAUUAUAUAAUAAAUCUUGAAUUUUAACAUAGGGUGAUAUAAUACAUUGUGAAUUUAAACAUUGGGUGCGUAAUGUCCACGGGCAAGACGAUGCGCUGUCUGCUGAAGACGAACGCCGAGGAAGGCUACGACAUGGCAGAGCGCAGCGUGCCAGUGCCUGGACCUCACGACGUGGUCAUCAGAGUUGACAAGGUUGGCAUUUGUGGGUCUGACAUCAGCUUGUACAAGUGGAACGACGUCGCUAAAGCGAUAGCGUCACUGCCGUUCAUUCCGGGUCACGAGGCUACGGGCGUGGUGGUGGAAGUCGGGACGGAAGUCGAUAGCAGUUUACUAGGCAAGCGCGUGGCAGUGGAGAACCACUUCUACUGCGGCGACUGCGCGCUCUGUAAGGAAGACCGAGGCGACAUCUGCCUGCGCAUGGAUCAGUACGGUCACGGUCGCGGGACUGGUCAUGGCGGGUGCUCGCAGUUCUCGCUGGAAGACCGAGGCGACAUCUGCCUGCGCAUGGAUCAGUACGGUCACGGUCGCGGGACUGGAGUGGCUCACAACGCUGUGUCGCACUGCGAGGUGCGCGGUAAGCAGGCGCUCGUCCUGGGCUGCGGGGCCGUUGGUCUCUUCGCAGUCGCCGUCUGUAAGGCUCUCGGCGCUACGCAGAUCAUGGCUGUUGACGUCGUUGCUUCGAAGCUCGAAAUAGCAAAGAAGAUGGGAGCCUCACAUGUCGUGAACGCUUCAAAGACGAUGCGCUGUCUGCUGAAGACGAACGGCGAGGAAGGCUACGACAUGGCAGAGCGCAGCGUGCCAGUGCCUGGACCUCACGACGUGGUCAUCAGAGUUGACAAGCGGCGCCUCAACAACGUCUGGCCGGUCCGCACAGGGCUCCUCGACACCACUAGUCACCACACGUGGCGCUCCGGCAGGCUCAGCUGCCCCGGCCACCGGCGUCCCCCCCUCAGACGCAGCACAGGGCCCAACAUCUUGCGCCAUAUUUGCCGAUGGUACAACUGGGUCUGGAAUAGCUUGCAGAAACUUUCUAUUGCGAACCAG